AUUGCGUUUCAGACGGCAGAACCAUUUGGAAUCCAAUCUUAUUCUUAACCACCCAAUUGAUACCCUUGAUUCUGGUUGCGAAAGGUGGAUAUACUCUUCGGCAUCCGGAUAUAACCAAUGUCUGUUCAAGAUGGAGAACCUUUUAGAACAAUUACUCUCAUUGACUUGAUGUCAGAAUGCGUAGCUUUGUUGUCCGCUUUUCUAACCAUGGAAUUGAUUCGGAGGACCAUUCAAGUCGUUAAACACGGGUUUAGUUGGAGCAAGUUGCGAGAGAACAUACAUGAGAUCUACCGUCCAUUGCAAAUUCUACCACUUUUGGGUCUUUUCCUACUUAUUGCGAAUUUUGGAUCAAUCCGAGCUGUCUGCCUCAGCGGAUACAUAUGGUCACUUUUUGGUGUGACUACUUUCAUUUACUGCCUAUUUUUCCACUGCCGAGGCACUUUGACAAUCCUGGAAAAGGAUACUAUGCGGUUGGAAAAGAAGACCAACGUAGGCCAUGUAGCAGCACAAAGUUUCUAUAGCAUGCUGGUCAAGUCUCUGGUUGAUCCGAUCGGGCGAGAAGCUAUCAAGAAUCAUUUCUUGCGGCACGAUAUUGGUUAUGGACUGCUUAGCGUUAGUAAGUUCAUUUUUGUGCCUGACCUGGCCUCGGAUUUCUACUGGCCUCAUUUGAAAUUGCGAAAUUUCAAUUUGGCCAUGAUGAAUGGCCUCAUGCAUGUAGAUGAGGACGAAAAAGAGCUUUUGGAUAUGCCCAAGCCGGUGACUUAUGUGUACAACAAUAAUGGGAAGGAUCGUCAUUGUGAAUAUUGUGUUCUCAAAGUGAAAGAUCUCCAAAAAAACCGCUUUGUCUACCUCUUGUAUCUCGACAAUCGGCCCUUGGAGUCAAUACGAAACUGGAAAGCGGAAGAGAUGGAGAACCUACAACUAAAGUAUGGAAAAAAUAUUCCACCGGAGAUUGAAGAGGAACUUCGCAGAGAGCUUGGAAAACAAGUAGACAACUAUUUUCGAAGUCUCAAAGACCUGCUUAAAAGCGAAAGCUCAUUGAAGGGGACGUACCAUGUCAUCAAAUUUGGUGGCCCUAUCAGUGAGGCCGUCACCUCGAUCGUGAACUUGUCCAAAAGAAUUGAGGAGGGAUUUCUUCCACCCAUGUUAAAUCUGACCAAAGAGAAUCGGUAACUCUCAGCUCCCACCAUUCUCGCUUUUACAGAAGAAAAGCCUCCAGUAUGACUCAUGGCUUCAAGAAGUUUGAUUUGCUUACAAUAUAUCAGAUAAGUCUUGA